CAAUCGAUAAGGGAAACGGCAGAAAAAGUGCAAGCUGGGAAAAAAGUUCCAGAUGUUUGGCGGGGCCCUUGCUCCUGGCCAAAAAAGUCGGAGUCGAGUCGAAGUCGGAUCGCAUUUGUUCGUACUAUUUGCAAAGAGCGCUUCACUCCCGGGAAAGCGCCGCAAGAAGAACAAAAAACAAUCCCAAUCACCACGCGAGCCCAUCUCGUGAGGACUGCACUGCAAUUCCACGCCAUUCACAAUGGGUCGGAUAAAGAAGAAGGGUCAGGCCGGUGCUGCCAAGAACUACAUCACCCGAAACCAGGCCAUCAAGAAGCUUCAGAUCAGUCUGCCCGACUUCAGAAAACUGUGCAUCUGGAAGGGCAUCUUCCCCCGCGAGCCUAACAACAGGAAGAAGGUCAGCAAGAGCUCUACCGCCUCGACCACCUUCUACUAUGCCAAGGAUAUCCAAUACCUGCUGCACGAGCCCUUGUUGCAAAAGUUCAGAGACCAGAAGGUCCUCGAGAAGAAGAUCUCCCGCGCUCUCGGACGAGGUGAUGUUGGCGAUGCGUCUCGACUUGAGCGCAACGCCUCAAGGCCCGAGAAGAAUGGCAAGCCCCCAUACACCCUCGAUCAUCUCGUUCGCGAGCGAUACCCAACCUUCGUCGACGCGCUGAGAGACCUCGACGACGCUCUCUCUAUGCUGUUUCUCUUCGCCCAGCUUCCAUCCACUUCAAGCGUUCCCGCAAAGAUGAUUGCCCGCUGCGAGCGUCUGUGCCUUGAGUUCCAACAUUACCUCAUCGUCUCCCAGAGCCUGCGCAAGUCCUUUUUGUCUAUCAAGGGUAUCUACUACCAGGCCACCAUCCAGGGCGAGGACAUUCUCUGGCUCGUCCCUUACAAGUUCAACCAGCGUAUCGUUGGCGAUAUCGACUUCAGAAUCAUGGGCACCUUCGUUCAGUUCUACAUGACCCUCCUUAAGUUUGUCAACUUCAGGCUCUACAGCUCCAUUGGCCUUGUCUACCCGCCCAAAUUCGACCAGAAGAAGGACGAGUUGGCAGCCGAGCUGGGUGCCUUCACCAUUGAGGGCAAUCAUGCCGCUGCUAUCCAGGACAAGCCAGCUCAAGAUCAGCCCGCCAUUGCAGAGGCCGACAAGACCAUCGAUCCUGAGACUCAAGCCGCAGUGAACAAGGUCUUCAAGCAGUUGAAGGAUGGCGAGGGCGAGUCCAAGGCCGGCGAUACUGACGCGACCACGACAGACAAGGAGGAUCAGGCGACCGAUGCAAUUGACAAGUUUGAGCCGGCUGCACCUGGUGGCGAUGUGCUCCUGCAACCUUCCAACUCUGGCACCGACCCUGGGACGCUCUUUGCCAACUACACAGUUUUCCUUUCUCGUGAAACACCGAGACAGCCCUUGGAGUUCAUCCUGAAGGCCUUUGGAUGCAAGCGUGUCGGCUGGGACGCAGUUUUGGGCGAAGGUGCCUACACUACUGAUGAACACGACCCCUCAAUAACCCAUCAGAUCGUAGAUCGUCCCCCAGUCCAGGCUGCGGCCGAGGAAGAUGGUGACGGCGAAGAUAACCAGACUUCUCAGAAACUUGGCCCCAACCAAAGAAUACCUGGUCGCAUUUACAUCCAGCCACAAUGGAUUUGGGACAGCGUCAAUGACGAAGAGCUCAAACCCGCACAUCUUUACGCUCCUGGCGCACAACUUCCACCUCAUCUGAGUCCCUUCGUGCAAUCCACACACGGCGGCUACGAUCCCACCAUCCCGUUGGAGGAUCAGCAGCCGGAGGAAGAAGCACUGGCAGACAGUGACGAGGAAGAAGUUGAGGACGAGGAAGAAGACGAGGAAGAAGUCGCAGAAGCAGAUGACAGCCUGGCCGUUAAGCCUGUCAAACCUGCCAAGUCCGUCAAGUUUGUCAAGCCCGUCGAGAAUGGGGCAGAAUCAAUGGACGUGGAUGAAGGCUCCGAAGAUGACGAAGACCAAGACGAAACUUUUGGCGGCUUUUCAGGAGCUGAAGAUGAAGAUGAAGAAGCACAGGAUGAGGAUGCCGAGGAGGAUGAGGACGAUGCUGAACUACAACGCCAGCGCGAACUUAUUGCUGAGAUGACCGGUCAGCCUUUGCCUCAAAAGGCAACGCAAAAUCCGCGGGCCAAAGCCAAGGCGGAAGCAAGGAAGAAGCUCACAGCCCAGGCCAAGGAAGAUGCAGAGGAUCUUGAGCGCGCCAGGGGUAUGCUCAGCAAGAAGAAGCGCAAGCUACAUGAUCAGAUGCUGUACAGCAACAACAAGAAGAGCGUUGAGGACCAGAAACUCCGCGAGAAGAGGAGGAAACUGGAAAAGCAAAAGCAAAGGAAGCCUCCGGCGUAGAGUGGUUUGUAGAUGAGUGUUUUUAUAAUACCAUAUAGGCGUUCUCAAUGUCAAAUUCAUCAAGCAAGUCUUGCACCGUCUACUUGAACCACCGGUAUUGCC